AUGAAGCUCCCUAGGGGAGUCCUUGGGCUCAUCUCAUUCCAAGCCAUCAGAAUCGACAACACCAACGUAGAAACCGUCCAUCCGUCGGCCAUCCUGGCGUCGAACGACCGACUUUUGGUGCUGGAAAUCCAGAACAGCCGCCUGAAGGAGUUUCCAUCCCACAUCCUCCCCCAACUGCCCAACCUCUUGACGCUCAACCUCCGGAACAACUCCCUAACCGUCCUCCCGGCUGUCGAGAGCUUCAACCUCCGAGUGCUCCAUCUCCCGUUCAAUAACAUCGCGAGAGUCGAAGAGGAUGGAUGGGACACUCCCAACUUGAGGGUGUUGGACGUCGGUAUGAAUCCCUCAUUGGAAUUCCCCUUUGGAGUGCUGAAGAAUAUGGAGAUGCUGGAGCGCUUUUGGUGUCCAAGGUGCAAUCUGGGACCAACACUUUCGACUGGAUUGCUUCAAUUCAAUAGCCAGACUUUAAAGACGGUGGGGCUCAGCGAGAACAAAAUCGCAAGAAUAGAGCCGGACGCCAUCACAGGUCUCACCCUGGACACGGAAGUUUUUCUAAAUGGGAACAAUAUAUCCAAAUUGUCAGAGGAGGUAUUUCGUCCUAUGCUGGAGCUCCUUUCACAGGAAAAUCCCAUCGGGUGUGAUUGUGCUUUGGAUUGGCUUGUUUCGGACUCGAAGAUCCUUAAGAGUGUUCGUGGAACUUGUGGGGAUGGAACAGACUUUGGAAGCCUGACUUCGAAUUGUGGCACCUGUCCUCAUGAGUGCGUCAGCCGCGAAGAAGCGUCUUCCUGCGAGCCAGGAACAGUGAUCACCACGAACGUGGACAACUGUCAGUCUAGUGAACUCUGCUGCCAGCGGAUGGCUCCAGAAGCAAAUACCACGUCCUCUCCAGCGACCGAUGCAGCGAGCCUGUCAUGCCCAGUCGAUAGUGGUUAUUCGUGCCUAGAUACAGCAUUUGCUGCUAUCUGCGAUCUGGACACCCUCUUACCCCUCGCCUGUUCCUCGGAGAAUCGACUGUGUUGCAAGAUUUCAAUUGGUGGCGAAAGGACGACAACAAUUUUAGCUUCUGAGAAUUCUUAA